GUAUUACCAUAUUUCAUUGUGCCCAGUUCGCACUGAUCUCUCUUUACCUAUAUAAGAGAUCAGUGAUUUUCUCACGUUAGGGCCAGUCACUGUCACGUAAAUUGUAUACCAAUAAUCGAAGUCUCAUUUUGUUUCGGAACAAAAAUAGGUAGCCGGAAGUGCGUAGCAUAUAUGAAUAUCGUUACACUUGUGGUUGACUGAAAACUAUACUCCGUCAACGCACUUUUGUACAUACGGGUUUGAUAGUCGAGCCGAAAGUGUUUCUUAUUGACUCAGAUGUGUUGGAGAAGUGUUGCUAUAUCCAAUUGCGAGGUCAAGCUAGCCAGAUGAGCCUUACACACAAAUCAUUAACCGUCUACAGGUUAUGAGGUACAUUCGCCUGUCAGUCAACGGCUGAUGUGAAGAAUUUACGGAUAAACGUCAUCGCAUACGUUACUUAAACGAUGGGAACCUAUGCAGGAGAAUUAAUAAUAUGCAUUUUGAUAAUACUAUCAGUAAGUACAAUAUAUGGGAUUAAUAAGCUGCUAAAAUCGUUGGUUGAGAAUGGCAGCAAUGUUACGCUUGAAUCUAUUACAAAAGAGUACAGCUGGAUUGUGAGACUAUGUAUGAAUUCAUUAGGCUACGCUACCAUAUUAUUACCUGGUUAUUUGGUAUAUAAAUAUGUCUGCUGCAGUAAAUAUCUGCAACGAAGUGGAAAAGGAUUUAUACACAGGGUGGUCUACACUUGCAUGAUUGGGCAUGGAGAAAAAGGUAUACUCGAUUCCCCUAGUUUUGUGGGAAUAAAUAAUGCCCAACACAGCCUGCGCACAUUUCGGCAGGAUGCAUUGUUGCUCGUCUAUUGUUUCUCAGGCUUACAAUUCAGUUACUUGACAUGGGGUUAUUUACAAGAAAAAGUUAUGACACAGGAGUAUGUUGAUACAGACGGAAAUAAAAGCCGUUACAGAGAUUCCCAAUUUCUAGUUUUUGUCAAUAGGAUACUUGCGUUUCUAAUGUCUGGACUGUACUUGCUUAUCCAGCGGCAGCCUCGCCAUACAACGCCAUUAUAUAAAUACACAUUCUGCUCAUUGUCAAACAUUUUGAGUAGCUGGUGUCAAUAUGAAGCUCUCAUGUAUGUCAGCUUCCCAACGCAGGUGUUGGCUAAGGCUUGUAAAAUAAUUCCUGUUAUGAUUAUGGGAAAAAUAGUAUCUCGUUCCAAGUAUGAGUACUACGAAUAUGUUACAGCGGUACUGAUAUCAAUUGGGAUGACAUUUUUUAUGCUGGAUAGUAGUGAAAACAAAGCUGGAGGAGCUACUACAGUCUCCGGAGUUGUUUUAUUAGGAGGGUACAUGAUGCUAGACAGUUUUACUAGUAACUGGCAGAAUGCACUUUUUACUGAAUAUAGUGUGACAAGUGUCCAAAUGAUGUGUGGUGUGAACAUGUUUUCCUGUCUCUUGACUGCGAUGUCUCUCUUCCAGCAAUCAAGUUUUGCUAAUUCCUUAGCGUUCAUGGUUAAGUAUCCUGCAUUUAUCACGGAUUGUUUAUUGAUCUCAGUGUGUUCAGCCACUGGACAACUGUAUAUUUUCUAUACCAUUUCUAAUUUUGGAGCUGUUACAUUUGUUAUCAUCAUGACAAUUCGUCAGGGCCUAGCGAUAUUAUUAUCGUGUUUGAUAUACCAACACAAAAUUACAAUCCUUGGUGUAUUCGGUGUACUACUGGUAUUUGGUUCUGUGUUCCUACGUAUAUAUUGCAGUCAUCGAACUCGAGCUAUUAGGAAGCUUAAAAUUCAGACAGCAAGUAUCAACACUUAAAUCAAGGAACAUUUUCAGAGGAAAUGACGAAUUUCAAACUUGUCAACUUUUACUGAUACAUGAUAAUUAUUCGAUAUUGUGGGAAUUUGAUGCAAGAAAUAUUCUCUUGAGUUGGCUGAUUAUCAUUCAUGAGCUUUUAUGAUGUGAAUUUGUAGAAUAUACCAAAUAAUAUUUUUUUAUAAAUAUUGUAAUGAUUAAAUAGAAUAGUGUGACUAUGGUACUUGAUAAUAUUCUUUGGGGAGUCAAUGAAAUGUAAAAUAAUUUUGUUUUGCUUGAAAAAUUAUUUUUCACAUAUUUUCUAAUGAAACUUUGUAAAUUGUAAAUCGUACCUUAAAGGUUUAAUUAGCAAAAGUAGGUAAACCUGAAAAAUUGUACUGAGGCAAUACUGAAGGUACCAAAGAAAUUUUACACAAUAGUUUUCCUCAAAUGUAGAUUUGAUCAUCAUGAAAAAGUAAUUUUCUUCUAAUCGUAUCAUAGUUUCAACUGUUGACAAACGUUAAUGUUACAAAUAAGAGCUAAGCCAAAGAUUAAUGAAAAGUCUUUCAGAGUCUUUAUAUUUGUACGAGUAAGAAACGAUAAUUUCUAUUCCAAUGAUAAACUGAAAUCAGCCUCAAUUCAGUCACCAUAAAGAUAAUCUUGUUGUUUUUUUUUAAUUCAAAGAGCAAAUAAUCGUCUAGCACUGUUAAUUACUCUUGCUUAACUUGUAGUAUGACAUCUAUAUCUAAUGAGAAAAAGUUUAGUGACGGAAGGCAGCUUUAUUGCUAAAUUGCAGUGAUAACAACAGAUAAUUCAUAUUUUGUCUAGACAUGCCGUAGUUAUAUAUACUGAUAACAGAGAGAAUUUAUUUUUUAUUGAUUAUUACUCAAACUGGUGACAAAAACGUAAAAUGCCAAUACAUGUAAGAUAACGAUUCACUGUAAUAUCUACAUAGUGGGGGUGUGUUGAAAUAAAACCAGGUCGAAAUUUU